AUCAGUUGCUACAUUUACACUCGUUCCUGAAACCUGAUUCAAAAUGGCUAGAAGACUAUCGAUCAGCAGAACUAUCUGCAUUUUCCAAUAUCACCUCCAUUGUCGAACCUUGGUAACCGAUUCAGACCUUUCUCAAAUCUCUAAACCCAGCUCACCUAUCAACCCUUAUCAACUCCUCCGAGUCUGCACGGUUCUUUAUCAACAACAAAAUUCAGACGAACCAAAGCUUCAUUCUCACCUAAGAAACUGCGACUUUGAUCUCUCUCACGAAUUUUUCCUUCAGGUUUGCAAUAAGUUCCCUUACUCGUGGAAACCCGUCUACAAGUUCUUCCAGUUCACACAGGCCCAACCGCAUUUCUCGCACACUUCGGUUACAUUCAAUAAAAUGCUCGAUGUGAUGGGAAAGUCCAGAAACAUAGAUCUUCUUUGGGAAGUCAUACAAGAAAUCGCCGACCGACGACUUGUGACCAAUAAAACUUUCAUAGUUGCUUUGAAAGCGUUAGCAUCAGCCAGGGAACUGAAGAAAUGCGUGGAAUUAUUUCAUUUAAUGAACGCCCAUGAGUUCCAUUACAGUUUGGAGACUCUCAACAAGGUGAUCGAGACUCUCUGUGGUUCAAAGCUUGUCGUGGAAGCUAAGUUUAUUGUUUUGAAGUUGAAGCCCUGGAUCAAGCCGUCUAGAGAAACUUAUAAGCACCUCAUUAAUGGGUUUUGCARGGUUGGCAAUUUGGUUGAGGCAUCAAAAAUCUGGAAUCAGAUGUUGGAGGAGGGGCUCGAAGCAGAUAUUGAUGCAAUCGAGAAGAUGAUGGAGACUCUUCUAAAAAACAACCAAUUUGACGAAGCAAUGAAGCUUUUUCUGUCGAUGAGAAGUGGGAGGAUUGAUGAUUUGGGUCUAUCCACUUACAGGCUUGUGAUUACUUGGAUGUGCAAAAGAAGCAAGCUCACCCAGGCUUACCUGGUGUUUGAAGAAAUGCGGCAGAGAGGAAUUCGUGCCGAUAAUCCGACACUUGCAGCUCUGGUCUACGGACUGUUAACAAAAAGAAGGAUUAGGGAAGCUUAUAAGAUUGUGGAAGAGAUUGAGAAUCCAGAUAUAAGCGUCUAUCAUGGGCUGAUUAAAGKAUUGUUGAGGUUAAAAAUGGCGAGAGAAGCAACUCAAGUGUUCAGAGAGAUGAUAAAGAGAGGGUGUGAGCCUAUCAUGCACACUUACAUAAUGCUAUUGCAAGGACACUUGGGGAAGAGAGGGAGAAAGGGACCAGACCYYGUUGUGAAUUUUGAGACCAUUUUUGUGGGAGGGUUGGUCAAAGCGGGAAAGACCUUGGAAGCGRCCAAAUAUKUGGAGAGGAUGAUGGGUGGUGCAGUUGAUGUGCCCAGGUUUGACUAUAAUAAGUUUUUGUAUUGUUUCUCAAACGAGGAAGGUAUAGUUUUCUUUGAAGAGGUGGGGAAGAGAUUGAGGGAGGUAGGAUUGGUUGAUCUCGCUGACAUAUUUGUGAGAUAUGGUGAGAAGAUGGCUACUAGAGAGAGGAGGAGAAACAGAGACCUACUUGUUGCAGAAGAUGCUGCAGAUGGUAGUAAUGCAACGAGAACCAUUAUAAAAGAGGUGAGCUGACAAUAUUUAUCACCACGACGAAUUGAAGAAGCCCCACCAGCAAACUAUAAAAGUACCAGAGGAAUCAAGGACUGAGGAGCACUUGGAAAAAAGACUCAGACCUCCAGACUCGGGGGCUUCCGUUGAAGUGAAUACUGAUGGAGGUUUWUAUCUUUUAAGGGAGAUGGGUUGGUUGUUACUUAAUAGGAGCAUCUUCCUCUAUACUUUUUGGCUGCCAGGAUAGAACAAUGUGAGGCAUCAUCAGUCAUCACCAUUAGAGGCAUUCGGUUCGGAAGCUUGGAGGAUGCAAAAUUAGCAAAAACUAGAAAGACCCAUUCUAUUGUCAUGGACUCUUGGAAAGUGACUCGAAGGAAUUGACUUUGACGUUAAAAAUGAAGGAAUCGAGUUUCUUAAAGAAAUUAUCAAUUGUGGCGAGUCGUAUUAUAUCCCUGUAAGCAUUUUCAUCUACCUGGACAACCUUGAACCGGAAACGUUUGGGAUUGAUACACUGCAAGAUGCAAUGAAUAAAAGAGCAACCUGCAAUACUUGUCUGGGAAAGAUAGGUUCCAGCCUUCUUGUAUGAUACAGCCAUACAGGUUACUCAGGUAAAGGGAAAGGCGAGAGAGAGGGAGCGUUAUUUUAAGCAGUAAGUUGGUUAUCCACCCUCGAGGAGGGUAUCAGUUACCUGAGUAACUAUACUCUUUGGAGUCAUGGCUUACUGUGAGAUUCAAUGUACCCCAUUAAUACCCGAUUGACCAAUUUAGUGAUUUACCCCAUUAAUUACCGACAAACGAACGAGACUAUUGUAGUAUCUUCCUUUAUCUCUCC